AGGGGAAGGCCGAGAGGGGAGGGCCCUGAUUUUUCGCGGGCGGAUAAUUCACGUCAUCCAUCAACUUCCCACUGAUGAACAUACCUAGGUAUACCUACCACCUCGGUAUCGCACGCGCGGUGCAGUCUCGUCGGGCGUAUUCUACGUAGGGUCGAAUCCCGCGUACAAUCUCCGAGGCUUAUGCCGUACCUACCUGUCUACUCUGGCCUGCCUGGGUAUACUUAGGUAUUGUAAACCAUGUCGAUAUCUAGGGUGCCGGGGGCGGAUAACCUCUACGUCGGAGGGAUCUGGAUUCUAAACCUCGAGUCAUGGCGCAGCAAGCUAUAUGAGUACAACAUCACCCACGUGCUCUCCGUCAUCAAGUUUUCCUUCGAGAACUGGGGCGAGGAAGCUAAGCGCUUCCGGCACAUGAGCAUAGACAUCGACGAUGUCGCAGACUCUGAUAUUCUAGUGCAUUUUUCCUCCGCCGUGCGAUUCAUCGACGGCGGUCUGUACCCGCCGCCGGCCCACGGCGCCGGCCCGGGUGACGUGUCUGCGGGGACGGCCGAUGCGACCUCGCCUGGCGCGGUUUUCGUACACUGCGCGAUGGGAAAAUCGCGUUCCGUGAGCUGCGUAGUUGCCUAUCUCCUGUACAAGUACCCCCACCGCUUCGGGGGUAAGCCGCCUACCUCCUCACCGGUAUCGGCGGCCCAGCGACAUAAGACUGCCAAGGAUGCCGUGCAAAACGCGCUGAAGUGGGUUCGCCAGGCGCGCUCGCUCGCGGAGCCCAACGACGGCUUCAUGCACCAGCUCGAGCUGUGGUGGGAGAUGGGAUGCCCCGCCGACGACGACAGCGCCGUCGAGCGUCACCCCGUCUACCAGAAGUGGCUGUACGGGAAUGUGCUGAAGGAAGCCCGAUACUUGAACGUGGCGCCCGACGCCGAAGACAUCCGGUUUGAGGACGAGGUGAAGUGGGGGAGUGAGGGCUCCGAAGGCUCAGAAAAACAACAUGAUGGCAAGGAAGUGCGUUGCAAGAAGUGCAGGCGUAUGCUCGCGACUCCUGGGUUUGUUGUCCCGCAUACCCCCGUAGGACAACUAGAUACCCCCGGCUGCGCUCACAUCUUCGUCGACACCCUCUCUUGGAUGCGGCCGGCGCUGGAGGGCGGCGCUCUCGAAGGUCGCCUGUCGUGCCCUAACCCCAAGUGUGGCGCCACCGUCGGCCGCUUCGCGUGGCAGGGCCUCGAGUGCAGCUGCAGAGAGUGGGUGGCGCCGGCCUUCUCGCUCAACCGGGGCCGCGUCGACCAAGUGACGUCGAGACGGGCGGAUGCCCCCGCAAUCCGGCUGCCUCCAGGACGCAACGGUAGCUUAUGAUGUGCAAUACUUCGCGCCCGGGCCCAGUAUCGAAACGAUCACCCGCAUAAUUUACGCCGUCUCACUUGGGUACACGUCUAACGAGUGUCUUAUGCCAGCUGCUGCUGAAACCGCAGCUCUGUGGUCUCAUGACAGGCAGACCGGCUGCGUGGGUUACCUCGCACUAAUUC